UCGCGCUUCCGCGUUAUUGUCCAAUCACUACAGCCCAUUCAACCGGAAGUUUUGAACGAAUCAUACGCGGGAAAUUACUGAUCUCUUCAGCUCGACAACAGAGGAGGUCGGUGGUGGAUAUAAAAAAUGAAGUUGGUAACGUGUGAGAUUGCAUGGCACAACAAAGAGCCAGUUUAUAGUUUGGACUUCCAGCACAGCUCUGAUGGACGCGUUCAUCGGCUGGCCACAGCUGGAGUGGACACCACAGUCAGACUGUGGCGUGUAGACACGGGCCCAGACGGGAAGGCGGUCGUGGAGUUUCUGUCUAAUCUGGCUAGACAUACGAAGGCUGUUAAUGUGGUGCGCUUUAGCCCUAAUGGAGAGCUGCUUGCCUCAGGAGGAGAUGACGCAGCGAUUCUGCUGUGGAAGCUCAAUGACUCUAAGGAGCCUGAGCAGACCCCCGUGUUCCAGGAUGAUGAAGAUGCUCAGCUCAACAAGGAGAGCUGGACUGUGGUCAAGACACUAAGGGGACACAUAGAGGACGUGUAUGACAUCUGCUGGACACGGGAUGGAAACUUCAUGGUGUCUGGCUCUGUGGACAACACUGCUAUUAUGUGGGACGUCCACAAAGGACAAAAGCUCUGUAUCUUGAAUGACCAUAAGAGCUAUGUGCAAGGGGUGACCUGGGAUCCCCUGGGACAAUAUGUAGCCACUCUCAGCUGUGACAGAGUGAUGCGUGUUUACAGCACACACACCAAGAAGAAGGCCUUCUGUGUUAGUAAAAUGAGCUCAGGGCCACUAGCAGAAGGAGAGGUCAAGCAGUACAGAAUGUUUCACGAUGACAGUAUGAGGUCAUUUUUUCGUCGUCUUUCAUUCACCCCAGAUGGGUCUUUCUUGCUCGCACCAGCUGGAUGUGUGGAGAUUGGAGAAAACAUCAUAAAUACCACCUACAUCUUUUCCAGGAAGGGCCUCAAGAGGCCUAUCGCCCACUUACCAUGUCCAACUAAAGCUACACUGGCUGUGCGCUGCUGCCCCGUCUACUUUGAAUUGAGGACCAAGAAAGGAGAAGAUGGUUCUGUUCAGGCUCUUCCCAACGCCUUUCAGUUGCCAUACCGUAUGGUGUUUGCUGUGGCAUCUGAGGACUCCAUAUUCUUGUAUGACACUCAGCAGACACUCCCUUUUGGCCUGGUGUCCAACGUCCACUACCACACGCUCAGCGACCUCACAUGGUCUCGUGAUGGUUCCUUCCUGGCUGUGUCCUCCACAGAUGGCUACUGCUCCUUCCUGUCCUUCUCUCCUGGGGAGCUGGGAACUCCGCUGAAGGAGCCUCCCACUCUGGAGAUCUUUGCCCCACAUAGCGGUGUGGAGAAAAAGGGCAAAAAAUCAGCCAGGACCUCAUCUCCUGGGACCCAGCCACCAAACUCAGCCCAAACUCCCACCUCCCAAACGGUUAAUGGCAAAGACGCCCCCUCCGUCACCCCGCCGGAGGAGAAGAAGAGCACCCCCAGUGCCAAGUCGAAACCCCAGCCCCGUAGGAUCACCCUCAACACCCUGGAGGGCUGGGGGAAGCCUGCUACCUCUAAAGCCACAACCACUUCUGCACCUCAGACCCCAACAUCUGCAAGCACAAGCGCACCCUCUACUCCCCUACCCCGUGUCACCCCUCUCACCCCUACCAACUGCCGCACAUCUCAGCCACGCAUCGCCCCACUCACUCCAUCCACCCCUAAAGUCCUCAACAGUGCUAAUACUACUGGGCCCACUACCCCAAAGGGUGCAACCACCCCGAAGGGGCCCACCCCAAGGAGAGUAUCUUUGACUCCCGUCGCAUCCCGAUCUCCAGCUGUUAGUUCCCUCUUCUGCACCCCCUCAUCCACUGAGAAGGCCAAACAUGAGCGUCCUUCUCCUCCCACUGAUCCCGUGUGCCAGCCCCCCGAGUCCAAACGGCCAAAGACCAGCGAUCCCCCGGUGAAGACCGGCGACACCCAGGCCUAGUGUUUGCAAGGAACGGCAUGGUGUUAUCAGAAAAGAGUACAUACAGCAGAGGGUGAGAGUUAAAGAAGCUACAAAACCACAGAGACUGCCCUUGGAUUUACCCCUGUAGUGCAAGAGCAUUUUGUUUGGGUUGAUAUUGUCUGUACUUGAUGCAAAUGACCUCACAUAAUGGACUUGGUUUUAACACAAACUGCUUUGCAGUAAGUGGCCUUGAAUUAACUCUUCUUUUAGUCAUGUGUGUGUGUUGUGUUAUACAUUAAACAUGUAUUUAGGUUGUUGUAUUAUAUAUGAUUUGUUUGACAUUCAGUUGCAUGAGUGCUGUUGUGGGGGGAAAAAAAAAACAAGAAAAAAGGAAAGUUUUGUCUCACUUCUUUUUGGAUCGUGUGAUUGUGAAAUUUAAACUGCCCUCAAAAACCAGAAGAAGGAAAAGAAACAAGCGAUUUAAGGUUUAAUAUCUUGUGCGAGCUUGACAUAUACAACCAGAGUCUUCAUUUUCUCAAGACUGUUAACCAGCAGCUUUAGUGACAAACUCAACACUGUCAAGCAUUUAAGGGUUGUUUUCUCUGUGUUUAAUAAAGGAUGAUUCAUUUAAAAGAUA